GUUCACUCAAUUCUGUAAAUAUGACUAUUGAAAUGAAACUCGGACUGGGAGACAGGAUAUACAGUGAAGAAGGUCCAUAAAUGGCGUCUGCUAUUACGCCUUCUACAACGGCACUUGUGAAAGCUACGCCACUAAAACUCCACUCCUCCGCCCGAUUAAUUACAACUCUGACGCCAUUGUCGCUGACCCAGAAACGGGCUGGUCGGAUUUAUGCUUCUUUGUCAGCAGCGGCAGCUCCUCUGUCAGCAGCCAAACCAAACCCGAAUGAUCUCGUCGUUUCCAUUCUUUCAAAGGUUGUGCAAACAGAUAGAGGAGUUAAACUAACCAGAAAUGAACAUGAAAAGGUUGCUGAAGUGGCUAGUGAGUUACAACAGUUUUGCGUGGAUGAGCCUGUAAAAUGCCCUCUUAUUUUUGGAGAAUGGGAUGUUGUGUAUUGUUCAAACCCCACAUCACCUGGUGGAGGCUACAGGAGUGCAAUUGGCCGGUUAUUUUUCAAAACUGAAGAAAUGAUUCAGGUUGUGGAAGCGCCUGAUAUUGUGCGGAACAAAGUAUCUUUUUCACUUUUUGGGUCCAUUGAUGGAGCCGUUUCCUUAAAAGGGAAACUGACUGCUCUGGAUGAGAAGUGGAUUCAAGUGGUGUUUGAAGCACCAGAGCUAAAGGUAGGAGGAUUAGAGCUCCAGUAUGGUGGUCAGAGUGAAGUAAAGUUAGAGAUUACAUACAUAGAUGAGAAGAUCAGGCUUGGAAAGGGCUCCAGGGGCUCCCUAUUUGUCUUCCAAAGACGCAAAUGAGACCUAUAUAUGAAACUUGAAUGUCUGACUUGCCGUGUUGGUAAGCCCUUUGUUGUAGUAGAUUCCACAGAAAUGAUGAUGAUUGGCAUAGGAAGUGAAAAGAACUUAAACCAGAAAAGCUAAAAACAAAGUUGUUGUAAAUGUGCAUUAAGUAGCAACUUUGUUGGAUGCUUAUAGAUGAUGGUUGAAUUGAACUAGACCUUUUCGGCACAAACUUCUGUCAUCUUGAUUGUGCUUGACUUUAAAUGUGCUCUAUUGUUAUCAUACGAAACGUAAUAAUCCUCAUUAUUAAUAGUUGAUUCUUUGAUGGACAGGUGUGUGGUGGUAUAAUUGUAUAUAACGAACUCAGUCAAGUCAUUUUCGUACUAGAAACUGUCACUUAAAAUGAUGACAUAAAGUUAAAGUUGAGAUUGUAAAUUGUUGUGCAUUAUUUCUCACCGGGGAUCAGCUGGUUCCAGCCAAAUUCAAGCAACAAGGCCAGAUUGAUAAUCAAACAUGGAUAAACCAAUGUUUUUUUUUUUUUUUUCUGAAACGGCGAUAAACCAAUGUUGUG